CUCCAAUGUAAUCUUCUUCUAUUGAUUUUGUCCAUUACUCUAUAAUUAAUUGACUUUCCACAUCAAGACCGAUAACAAGCCGGCUAAUAUUCCUUUAUAAACCAACAAAAACACAAAACAUUUAUUUCAUCAAACACCAUUAACUAUAAACUAACCUCCAUACUAAUGGCUACUACCAAACUAGUCAUGAAGCUCGUCUACAUCCUCCUCAUCAUCUUCACCUUUACCGUAUCUCCGGCCAUCUCAACGGCCCCGGAAAGUUGCGACAGCGGCUCCGAUAAUCCAUGCAUCGACAAAGCUAAGGCUUUACCACUCAAAAUCAUAGCCAUUGUUGCCAUCCUUACGACAAGCUUGAUAGGCGUAAUGGCUCCUCUUUUCAGCCGUUACAUUUCGUUCAUCCGUCCUGACGGCAACGGUUUCAUGAUCAUUAAGUGUUUUUCUUCCGGAAUCAUCCUCGGAACCGGUUUCAUGCAUGUCUUGCCUGGCUCUUUCGAGAUGUUGUCAUCGAAAUGUCUUAGUGAUGAUCCGUGGCAUAAGUUUCCUUUCGCGGGAUUUGUCGCUAUGUUGUCCGGUCUAGUAACUCUAGCUAUUGACUCCAUUACCACGAGCCUUUACACCGUCAAAAACGCAGUCGGACCAGUGCCUGAUGAAUAUGGCAUUGAUCAGGAAAAGGCGAUUCACAUUGUAGGUAACAAUCACAGUCACGGUCAUGGUGUUGUGCUAGCAACUACUAAAGAUGAUGGACCUUCAGAUCCACAGCUUUUACGAUACCGUAUAAUUGCCAUGGUAUUGGAGCUUGGGAUUUUAUUUCACUCCGUGGUCAUUGGACUAUCUCUAGGAGCAACUAACAAUGGAUGUACCAUUAAAGGACUCAUAAUAGCUCUAUGCUUCCAUCACUUGUUCGAAGGCAUGGGUCUCGGUGGAUGUAUCCUCCAGGUUCAGAUAUACAUACAUAUAUGUCUCUUCUAUCAAACUAAUUAUCAGUUUGAAGUUUACGUUCUUAUGUCAAUAAUUUACGUGAAACAGGCAGAUUUUGCCAAUGUGAAGAAGUUCUUGAUGUCAUUCUUUUUCGCUGGAACAACACCUUGUGCUAUCUUUCUUGGAAUCGCAUUGUCGAGUAUUUAUAGAGAUAACAGUCCAACCGCAUUGAUUACAAUCGGGCUGUUAAAUGCUUGCUCAGCCGGAAUGCUCAUCUACAUGGCACUCGUCGACCUUCUAGCUACUGAGUUCAUGGGAUCAAUGCUCCAAGGUAGCAUCAAACUUCAGAUCAAGUGCUUCGCGGCGGCAUUGCUCGGCUGCACCGUAAUGUCGGUCAUCGCCAAAUGGGCUUAAUACACUCAACAUAAGUAAUAUAUUAUUUGAUUUAUCAUAUUCAAGGGGGAAAUGAUUCGUCUUUUGUACAUUUGUACGUUUGUUUUAUAAUUUGAUUCAUACAAUUUUAAUUUGUAAAAUUGAGAUACAUGGCAAUAAAGCAUUGUAAACGUUUGAAAGAAUAUAUAUAUAUAUAUAUAUAUGACACGAAACUUUUUUUUAAAGAAUUGUAAAUUUAUUUCUAAGAAUGCAAUUUUUAUUUACUUCUUAGUAAAGAGAAAAAUUACACGGAUAUAUACAAUUAAUUUAAAAUUACAUUGUCUUAAAAUCAAACUAAUAUUUCAUGCAUGUGAUGUUAGAAUGGAUAUACUUAUUUCAAUUAGUUUACCGGGGUUUGAUGGCUUAUUGGAGGCACAGAAGGUAAGGGCAUCCCUCUCACUUCUUCAUUCGGAGAUUGAGGCAUUAAUUUAUACAAUGGAAUGUAUGCAAAAUUUAAGGCAAUUUCAGAUUAUGUUUGCAACGGAUUGUUUUCAACUGGUGAAGAUGGUUUCGAAACCAAAGGAAUGAUCAGCAUUUAAAAGUUACCUCGAAGAUAUUAAACUUUUCUGACAAAUUUUUGUCAACUCAGAAAUCGUUCAUGUUCCUAGGACGGAGAACAAAAGAGCGGAUAGUUUGGCACGUAGUGCUCGGCAACAACCGUCUUUCGUCGUGCACAUGGAUGCAGAUUUACCACAUUGGUUUACAGAGUCCACAUGAGUGUGUAAAUGUUUGCUGUCAAAAAAAAAAAGAGCUCAUCCAUUGUGGGGGCUGUUUGUUUUCUCCAUCUACCAUCUUCAUCUAGCUGCUCCAUCUAUGUAAUGCAUCCAAAUGAUCUAUCCAAAUGAUCAUUCCAGAUUUUAGGAACCAUUCGUUUCUCCAUUUCUCCAUCUAGAUGAACCAUUUAGAUGAAUCAUCUGGAUGAAUUUUAUGUUUAUUUCUUUAUUUAUAUUUUCAUCCAGAUGAGUUUAAUAAACAAAUUACAAAUAUAUAUUUUUUUAUUUAAUUAUAUGUUUGAUAUUAAUUUUAACUAUACUAACUUUUAUUAUUUAGUAUAAAAUAUAUUUACACUGAAAUUAUUAUAAAAUUAGCAUUUCACAUUUAGAAAAUUUUAAUUUAUUUAUUUUUAUUUAAAUUUGUAUUAAAAUUUAACUACGACUAUAACUUUUCAUAAAACUCAAAAUAGAAAUUCAAAUUGAAUAAAUUUCCAAAUAACUCAAAGUGCAAACUCAAAAUUUGUAAAACUAAAAUUUAAAAGAUGAAAGCAAUGGUAAGAACACCAUGUACUCAAAUUUUGCAGUUUAAGCAGAAAAAUAUGGCUUUGCGAUUUUGGCGGGAAACAUGUUUUUAAGGUUUUGGCGGGAAGACGUAUUUUGGGGGUUUCGGCGAGAAAUCGUGUUUUGCGGUUUUGGCGAGAAACCGCGUUUUGCGGUUUUGGCGGGAAAUCGCGUUUUGGCGGUUUUGACGGGAAAAUGUGUUUUGGCGGUUUUGACGGGAAACACAAUUCUACGAUUUUGGCGGGAAAACGCAAUUUUACGAUUUUGGUGGAAAACACUCAUUUGCGGUUUUGGGGGAAAACGCGCUGAUGUGGUUUUGGCGGAAAAUGCGCUGAUGCGGUUUUGGCGGAAAACGCGCAGAUGCGGUUUUGGCAGAAAAACGCGUUUUCGCAGUUUUGGCGGGAAAAUGCGUUUUUGUGAUUUUGAAAAACGUGUUUUUGUGAUUUUGACGAAUAAAACGUGUUUUUGUGAUUUUGGCAGGAAAACACGCUUUUGUGGUUUUGGUGACAAACCGCUUUUUUACGGUUUUUACGGAAAAACACGUUUUGGCGGGAAAUGCAAUUUUGCGGUUUUGGCGGAAAAACGUGUUUUUGCAGCUUUUACAGUUUUUGCGGGAAACGUUUUUUGAUGUGAAAGUGCAUUUUUGUGGUUUUGGCGGGAAGUAUAUUUUUACGAGAAAAUUGCGAUUUUGGCCAAAAAUUGUGUUUUGUAUUUUUGGUGGGAAAAAUAUUCUUUUGUGGUUUUGUCGUUUUUCAUGAAUGAUAAAAUGAUAUUAGGUUUGAGUUUGUAAUUUGUUAAUUACAUGGAGGUAUAAUAGACAUUACACCAUUUUGACAAACUCAUCUCCAUCCAGAUGAUCCAAUUUGGAUCAGCCAGCUGAGUUUUAAAAUUAAGGCUAAAUUGGUAAAGCUCAUUCAGAUGAGCCAUCCAGAUGACUUGUAGUUUUGGUGCCUAAAUGAACAAAACUCCCAUCUUCAUUCAAAUGGUCCAUCUGAAUGGAGAAACGAACAGCCCAUAUAUCAUAUGAAAACUUCGAAUAGUGAAGAGAACCGAUAACGACAUUAGACCAGCUCUAUUGAGAGGUUUUAAUAGGUAUCUUAGAAUUAAAAUAUUGAAAAAGAUGAAAGAAGAUUAAAAGCGGCAUGGGUGCAGAGAUAUUGUCCCCUUGAGAUUAAAACCCCUCUCUACUGUAUGUCUCUCUCUUAUUGGUCAAUUUAUUUUCCUAAACAAAAUUCUUUAAUUUUUUUUUUGUUUUCAGAUACCCGAUGUAGGUAUUAAACCAAUGUGGUUGUUCUUGCGUAGAAUACAGUAAUGGAGUUGAGUCAAUUUACACUCGUAUUUCAUAUCAUUCCAUUUCCACAGAAAACGGUAUACAAACAAUAUACUAUAAGUUAUAUAAAUCUUGAAUCUCUAGAGAAGACCGAUCCUGAGAUUUUGUUCUUGUUCAAGAGAUAACCGAACGAUUUCUUUCGAAAGUUUCAUUAUUUUGGAUUGAACUGUGGAUUUCAAACAUAUUAGCUCGUCUUCUUAGAACGGCGGAUAAAGAUCUUCACUAAUUCAUUCUUCUAUAAGAUGUGAUAAAAGGGACAUUACCCUAUUCGUCAGUAGUCUAUGGAUGAAUACGCGUAGAAUUAUACUACGUCGAAAAGAUAUUCUGUAAAAUCUGAUUGUGACUUUCUUUAGAGGACAAACCUUCAACGAAAGCAGGUGCAAGUUUUGAAACCAAGUAUCACAACUUUAUAGAGUUGUGUGGAAAGUCCAAAUUUCAAAAAUUAUUAGGUAUUUUAUGUGGCAGAUCCUAUCAAAUUGUGUUGCAACAAUGAAGCGACUUAAAUAUAGGCAUUUGGAUGCUGAUAGGGGUUGUUCUGGUAACCGAGAAGAAUCUAUAAAUCAUUUUUAUUUGAAUAUCCUUCAGUUUCAAAGGUUUGAGAUUUAUCAGAUGGACUUAUUUGCUAAAUAACCAAAAAAAAAAGAGUUAUUAGAUUUUUAGUAAGAAGUUAGAGAGAGAUAGGAAGAGAAAUGAGGAUAGAGAGAAAGUGUUUUUGUUAGUAGUGGAUUUGUGUAUUUUAAUGGUUACAGGGUGCAAAUUUCCAGAUUAUUCGUCCUUUUCAGAUUCUUUGUGGUUUCUUUCUGAAGACAUCUUAUAUAACUCUAUAUUCUUUGUGGAUACGAGAUAUUUUUUUUCUGCCAUAUGUCAUACAGGAUUGGAUGGUGGUGUUUCCAUGAGCGUUGUUACCAUAUAUCAAAACUUGAUUUAAUAGAGUGGUUUGUUGACAAAAAAGCUGUUAGUGACGUAUUAUCGAAUUCUAAAUUUCUGAAUAUUCAUGAAGGAUAUUAUAGUGAUUUCAUAUAGUUUUAGCCAUCUAUACUAUUAAAGCAGGAUCCUAUUUGCAUUUUUACCUUAGCAUGUCAUUUUCUUUACUAACAUUGCAUGUUUCAUUAAGGGUAAUCAAGUAAUUUUAAUAACACAUCUAUAUUGGGUCUUUUUUUUUAUCCAGCCCACAUCAGAUCUCUCUUGGACCAUUUGAGCCGAUUAAGAAAUCAGAUCCAAUUCUCACAUUUUUUUUUCCUUUGAGCCAUUGAGUCCAAGUUCAAAUAAUUUUUUUUCAACUAUCCUUAAAUUUUUUUCUUAAUAUAAUUUAAACAUUCAUAAAAAAAUUGAAUUUUUUAUUGAAAAGUAUAAAUCUUUAUUAAAAUUAUAUAAUUUUUUUAUUAAAAUAUUAACCACAUAAUAAAAUUAAUUUAU